AUGUCUGUCGUGGCACUUCCAGCAGAACAGUCCACAGCCGUAGCCUCUCAGCUCGUGGUUGGGGAGAACAGUCCUCUAACCCAGCUGGUGCGGGAAGGAGACGCCAAGUCCUUGGUGCAGAUGUCCAACAGCGUCACGUCUGUCUUAAACACGGUCCCGACUAACGCGUCAGCCGAGACACGGAGGGCAGCCACUGAGGCUAGAGAGGCUCUGGUUAGCGCAUUGACGACCAUCAAACCUACCAGCGUGUCGUCUGUGAACCUUGUAGCGAGCGCGCUGGGCUCGGCCACAAGCGGAGGGGACGACGUGUCGGCAGACUCUCAGGUUGCCGCCGCAAAUUCCUUAAAGAACAUGGCAGGAUUUCUUCAGAGUUUACCUCCUGAGGACCUGGAAAUAGGCCAGAUAGAAAAGUCGUCUUCAUUCAUGUUUACAGCUGUAGUUAACGUAAUGGCUGGGUCCUCGAAGGCAUCAGACAAGGCCAAAACAUCCAAUGGGACAGUCAAUGAUCAACUUGAAAAGGCAAAGAAGACAAUGCAGGACAUCUUUGCUGCAAUAGACACCAUGAAUGAACUGAUGCUUGCCCGGAAACGACCGAACGAGAAGCCGACUGUGAUCCAGCAGGGUCCGUUUGAGAUGGCCUUACAGAGGCAGAACUGCCGGGACAUGAGGUCCCAGAUCGUCCGGCCCUCGGAGAACAGUGACACGUGGUUCCGGAUUCCGGAUGCAUCCGCUCUGUUUGGACAGUCGUGUGGACAAUCCGUGGGGUUUGAGAACUACCACACGUCCCUGAAUCCGUAUUCCUACGCCAACAACUCAGACAAGAUCAAGUCACCUCUGGCGUCACUGAAGUUCAGAAGUGACUCGGGUCCUGUCGGGGUCAAUGACCUACAGGUUCCUAUUGACGUCAUGAUGCCGCAGAAACCAGGUAUUGUGGUGGUGCAGACAGAGCGUGGGGAGACCACACCGACUGGACAGGACGUCAUGUCGAUGCAUUCCUUCAACGUUACCGAAGCAGACAGCUCCGUCCAUGUCACCGUCACACCUGACGUGGAAGGAAUACCUGUCCGUUUGUUCCUCGGUAUCAACAGCGCCCCCUCCCGACAGGUCUAUAACUGGACAACGUCCUUGCCAUUAGCGGUGGACUCCAUGUACUCAAUUCCAUUAGGAAACAACUCUUACCUCCGGCCAGACCCGUUCCAGUGGUUUCUGUCCGCCAGUGACUUGGGACUGACUGGAUCUGAACAACUGUUUCUUGGGGUGGACCACGAGCCUUUCACGAACGACACGAGUACCAACGAUACCACAGUAAUGUGGGGUGACCUGUCAGAGGCUUUGGAACUGGGAUAUGGUGGAGUAAACUUCACCUUGAACUACACUCUCAAGAUCUUCACUUCUAAGUGUCUGUUCUUUGACGACGCUCAGCAAGAAUGGAGUUCUGAUGGGUGUGAGGUUGGCCCGUUGACCAGUACUACAUUGACCCACUGCCUGUGUGACCACCUCACCGCGUUCGGCUCCGACUUCCAGUUCUUCGUGGCGCCGAACUCCCUGAACAUCCUGUCGGCGCUUCAGGGCUUCGCAAACAUCGGCGAGAACCCGUCGGUUGUCAUCACCAUCGGAGUCCUGUUUGGACUUUAUCUUCUGAUUGUUAUAUGGGCAAGAUGGGAGGACAAAAAGGACUUGUCAAAGGUUGGUGCUACAGUACUGAGAGGAGCAGGUAGAAACAGCCACUCCUACCAGGUUCAGGUGUUCACGGGAACCCGCGCCAACGCUGCAACCAGCUCACAGGUGUUCCUGGUGCUAAGAGGAGAGUUGGGACAGUCUGUUCCGUACGUGUUGGAAGACAAAACCCGCAUCACGUUCAAGCAAGGCGCUGUAGACACAUUUGUGGUGACGUCAGCCUUUCAUCUAGGUCCAAUAUAUGCCAUCCAUAUUUGGCACAAUAAUAUCGGACCCUACCCGUCCUGGUUUUUAGAGCAGAUUAUCGUGACCGACCUUCAAGAAGACGCUAAACACGUCUUCCUGUGCAAAAGUUGGCUGGCUGUUGAAGAGGGAGAUGGAAAGGUAGACCGAGAAGAAAAGGCUACAGACAAGGAUCUGACCCGGUUUGCUCGUCUCUUCUCCACUAAAACGUCUAAAGACUUUCGCGACGGCCAUCUGUGGUUUUCUGUGAUUGGUCGGCCAGCAACAAGUCCCUUUAACCGAGUGCAGCGCAUCUCCUGCUGCCUGUCUCUGCUGAUGUGCACGAUGCUCACCAACAUCAUGUUCUUCGGUAAGGGAGAAAGUAUGCCGAAGCCACCGCCAGUCUACAUCCUGGGGUUCGAAGUACAGUUUCCCAUCUCCUGGGGCCAGAUAAUGAUCGGUAUUCAGAGUGCUCUGAUGGUGAUCCCCGUGAAUCUGCUCAUUGUACAAAUUUUCCGGAAUUGCGCGGCAAGACCUCCCAAGAAAAACAAGGUUGAUAUGAGAAACGUACCAAGAAAAGAUCCAGAAGGCAGGGCAUCCUCAAGGAUGUCGCUUAACAAGGACGAUAAUGUAUUAGACCGGAAAUCGUCCCCCUACGAAGUGCCAUCAGGAGGUGAAGGUGCAUCCACUGCUAAAGUCAGUGAGAAAGUUGGACAACAAGCCAAAGAACAGGACUUCCCACACCAGACAGCCGUUUUGGUCGAAGAAGUUGAUGAUGUGGAAGAUGAAAGCUACGACGCCACAGUAAUGCAGAGUGACCAAUCAAAGAAAUUGUCUGAUAUGGCAAAGAAAAAGAAGAAACGACUUUUGCCAUGGUGGUGUGUAUUUUUCGCAUGGUUCCUUGUGUUUUCCACGUGUUCCCUGUCGGCGUUCUUCACCAUGUUGUACGGGUUCGAGUACGGCCGUGAGAAGGCCGAGGCCUGGGUUCUCACCUUCCUAACAUCCUUCUUCUUCGACCUCGCCAUCUCUCAACCACUCAAGAUCCUACUUAUAGGAUUUGUUUUUGCGCUGAUAAUAAAGAAACCUGACUCCUUGAACGAUGACGUCCCUCCAGCUCAACUUUACGAAGAUGAGGAGUUUCUGGGACCUCAGGCUCAUGAGACUGAAGACUCAUCCAAAGAGACAACCCCAGAAGCAACAGGACCUCCAGAUCAGAGACUGCUAGAGACUGCCAGGGAACAGCGAUUUAUUGAGCUUGGCUUCAGGGAUGCGUGUUACGACUUUGUGUUCUACACCAGCUACAUCCUUCUCCUGAUAAUCAUAGCAAAUGGAAACAGGGACCAGUACAUGUACCAAAUGUCCAACCACCUUCAUGACACCUUCGUAGGACCUUUCUCAGUGGUUAGAAGCUAA